AUGCAAUCAAACGGAAAUCCACGAGGUCGCGGCGGGCUUGCGGCACCUCGUGCUGUGCCUCCGCGACCGGACAAGGGCGCAUCAGUGAUGGAAGCUUUCCAGAAGGUCACGCAGACGGUCGACGCUUCCCCGGAGCUGCAUGUGGCGCGUUGCUCAUGGGCAGCUUCUGGCGACGCCGACGGCGCUUGGUGUAAGACGGCAUCAGAGGCGGUCGCGCAGGGAGGCAAAAAGCGGUUCCCCAGAGAGCCACUGCAAGGCGUGGGCCGUGAUGGGCUCGUCGAUCGCAGCAGGGCAUGGAGGGUACAUCAGGUGCUCGAAGCCGUUGGACGUCUCUUGCGCGCUGGCAGGCCGGGCAGCAGUCGGGGAGCGUUGUCGAGGCUCGCGGCAUGGAGACUACCUCAGCAGAAACUUGGCCAACAGCGGGUCGGCAUGAGCCCCAGGCCGCCUACCAACAAACCCCCUUCUCCUCGAGCGCGCCUCCGCGUCCGAUUCGAGCAUGCAGUGCGUUUGGGUCAGCCCGGGCUCCCCAAAGCUGCAUUCCAACCCAGUGCGGCAGUCGCUCGUCUGCUUCACGGCUUCGAAGCGACACGCGAAAGCACGUUUGACCGGUCUCCCUCUCAUGACGUUGCAGCUUUGUCGCAGUCUCCAGCCGUCCUCUGUUUCCGCUCUGCUCCACCGUCCGUCAAGGCUCGUCUUCGGCAUUCGACAUCUCUAGGCGGGGGAGGCGUUCAGAGUCGACUUCGGGUGUCUCUCGUGCAACGCCUGCUCAUGUUCGUCGGCCGGGCACCGAGAGCGUGCUACCCAGCGGCGUGGGCGAGAAAGAGGAGGAAAAGAGGAGGAGGGAGAGGAAGAGAGGCGGGCGAAGCCAUCGUCGCCGACCUCGCGAGACUGUAUUUUGGUCUCCUGUCCCGAGGUCGCCGCUUCCUCAACCAGAAGUCACGCCGGCGGAGUUUUUCCGGCCCGCCAGCGUUCUUUCGACGUCACUCCACCGUCCUCUUCGCCCUUCCACGCCCAGACGACGCCUCUGCCAGAGCACGAGUACGCGGUCCCGGUUGUCGAAAGACGGCAGCGCAAGGCAGAUUCCCAGUCCUUGAAACAGCGGGCCAGCGAGCGGGCGCGAGUCAGAGCCCGAGUUUCACAUGGCCUCUGCAUCGCCUUGCUUGCGAAAGAGCUCCUGCGGUGCUGCGAAACGGGGGCCGCUUCCAUUCGUCUUCGCCGCGCGCUUUCACUCGUGCGAUACCACCAGUCUCAAACACAGCGGAUUCCGGCCCACUCAGCGGCCGCUCACAGACUCCGAGAAAACAUUCCUCCUACAAGCGACCCCCGCCACGCCGCAGCCCUGCCGCAUUGCGGCUGAGUAACCGUGCCCGGUUAUGCACGUCUAUUCAUCCUUCAGGACAACGUCUGUGGCGAGCAAUCCUUCGGCAUCACCAGCCACAAAUGCAAUCCCUCGGUCCGACGGUCCAGCUCAGACCGUAUGAGACACGCUACAAACGUCCGGUAUACGCCUUUACGCCUUUACGCCCCGCCGCACGUGGUGUCGCCCGAGAUGGUGUUCCACUGCGGCGCCCAAGGUCUAUUACCUCAGCACUUGACGUUUGA